AUAUGACUGGAAAUGUACCAAGACACCCGUUAGAAUAACAAAACUUUAAUAUUAACUGACCUUGUUUGUCGAAGAGCUGGCAUCGAGUAGCUCAUGGACUAAUGUUAAUUUCUGGUUAUUCGGCACAUCAGUAAUACAACACGGACAACUCCGUUGAAGUAAAGCCUACGUCUCAAUGAACUCUCAUCUUCACUGCGGUGGAUGAGAUAUGGUUAGGCCCAAACGCGGACUAACUGUUACUGUCGGCUAUCAGCUACAUGACGAUGGAAUCAGUUUGAAGCUGGAGGCCUACAUGGAUGAGAAGUUUAUCACCAGGGCCUUCUCUACCAUGGGAGAGCAGGUGAUAAAUGUACGGAUCAUACGCAACAAGAUGACAGGUGUGUCAUCACCCAGGGGUGCGCUGGGUUACUGUUUCGUGGAGAUGACAGAUGAGGCCACAGCUGAGAGGUGUCUCCGCAAAAUCAAUGGAAAAGCCUUACCAGGAGCCAAUCCGCCCACAAGAUUCAAAUUAAACCGAGCCACCUUUGGGAAACAAGACAGUGGACAGAUGUAUUCUCUGUUUGUGGGAGAUCUAACUCUAGAGGUCGAUGAUGGGAUGCUUUAUGAGUUUUUUUACAACCGCUACCCUUCCUGCCGUGGUGGAAAAGUGGUGCUGGACAGCAUGGGCAACUCCAAGGGCUGUGGCUUUGUUCAGUUCCCAGACGAGCGACUGCAGAAGCGGGCGUUAGAGGAGUGUCAGGGUGCUGUGGGAUUGGGUGGUAAACCUCUGAGAUUGAGCCUGGCUGCUAACAAUUUAAGGAACAGGCAGCAGCAGCCAUCAGAGCACAGAUCGUGGCAGUCCAACUCAGCGUAUAGACACAGCUACGACCAGUACAAUCAGUACCAGCAGCAGGCCUAUCCUGGGUAUUACUCCUCCUGGGGCUACGAUCAGACUGCAGGAGGCUAUGGCUACAGCUAUCAGCAGUAUGAUUACACACAGCAUCCCCCACCACAGGAAAGUGAAGCUGUACAGGAUGAUGGACUUGAAGAUCCCAGUCCGGAGCUGGAUGUGGUGGAGGCUAACAAAAAGUUCAUGGAGCUCAGUGAGGAACUGUAUGAUGCUCUGAUUGAGUGUCAUUGGCAACCAGCAGACUUCUCUGCAGAACAGGACUUUAUGACAUCCAGCCUACCAGAGCCCAUUUACUGCUGAAACUGACCACAUUGGGGAUUUUAUUUAACAGUUGUCGGGUGAAAUUUUGACAGUAUGGAUUGUUAAUAUUAUUAUUUUUAAUUUUAUUUUCCUUGAUUUCAACAACAUAAAAAGAUUUAAAAGUCCAGAGUGGAAUACCAAAAUAAUUGUAUGUUGUCCGUUUUUAUACCCCCAUGCCCCAUCCCCCCACCCCCAUUGGCAAUGGAAAAAAAAAGGUUGUAUAUAUUAUCAGAUAGCAACAUAAGUCAAAAUGUAAACAUAGGUACACACACACAAUCAUGCAAAUAUAUUUAUACAUCAGUCACAGUUGUCUAAGUAAGAAUCAAUUAUAAAACAUCACACAGUUUUAGUGUUUUCAUAUAUGUCAGAAAUGGUUUCCAUGUCCUAUAACAUUUACCUGUAGAACCACCCAGUGUACACCUUAUUUUCUCCAAGUGUAGAAAACUCAUAAGAUCACUAGCCCACUGGGCAUGUGUGGGAGAUGCCUCCUGCUUCCACUUAGUAAGUAUAAGGCAUCUAGCAAUUAAGGAGGCAAAGGCAAUAGCAUUUGUGUAGUGUCUUUAGAGAGGUAUGUUCUCUGGAACUACGAAAAUUGGAACUAGUGGGGAAGGGGUAAAUUUGACGGCAAAAGCCACAGAAAAUUUAUUAAAUAUCGAUGUCCAAUAAUUAUUAAGAUUUGGACAGGUCUAGAAAGUAUGAAUGAGGGAUCCUGUUACUGUUCUACACCCGUUGCAUAAGGGAUCUGUCCCUGGAUAAAUCUUGGCUAACUUUUCUUUGGAAAGAUGAAGGCGGUGCAGGACCCUGAACUUUAGGAGACCAUGUCUGGCGCAUAUUGAGAAAGAGAACUGGACUGCCAAUUAUGAUCUGUGAUUUUGGAAACCAAAUCAUCCUCCCACUGGGAUCUAGUAGUGGAGAGACAGGGAGAAUGUAGAGUUGAUAAUGUAGUAUAUGUCACUUUGAUUACUCCCCUGUUGUGCACAUUAUUGUUGAGAAUGGAAACAUGAUUGGAGUAAACUGGAUUGACAUUGAAUGUAAGCCAAACCUUUUCCUACACUGCACCCAGAUUCUCAUAGAAUGAUAUACCAAAGGAUUGCACUUAAAAGUGUUCAAGUGUUCUAAUUGAAGAGCUGACCCAAGCAAAGCCGGCAGUGAGGUUUUACCACAGUCAGCCCGUUUACAUGGACAGUUUAAUUCCACUUUUAUUUGGAAUGAAAGGCCAUUCCGAUUAAAAGCGGUCAUGUAAACGGUCAUUCCGAUUGAAAAUUAAAUCCGAUUUAAGGGGGUGGUUUACUCUGUUUGUCAUUCCGCAUUAAAGAAUUUCUCACACUUGUAUAUGCUCAUUCCUCUUUAAGUUCAUUCCGGUCUUUCUGAGCAUGCUCGUUUCCUUGCCCUUAUGGCGCGAUAAUGUAUAUAGCACGCAUGGCAACGAUCUGAGAACAGUCUGACUCGUUGCACUCACCGGUUUCCAUACGCCAAAGCAUGGUCUUCUAUCUCCCUUCUUCGACCUUCUACCUCCUUUCUCCUCCUCAACAGACGAAGCAUUAGCAGAACAAGGUUAUUGUCGUACUGCUGCUUCAAGAAUAGAAUAGAAUAGAAUAUACUUUAUUGUCCCCUAGGGGAAAUUUGUUGUGGACUCGAGUGGACUCUUGCAGACAAUAAAUAUACACAAAACAGCAAAGAUACAGGAAAUGGCAAACAUACACAAUCAUAAGACACAAACCAGACAAAAUGUGAAAAACAGAACACCACCAAGUUAUUGCACAAUCCCCAAUAUUUCCCAACCCAAGUUAUUACACUAAGUUAAGUUAUUGCACAGUCCCCAGUAUUUCCCAGCCUUCAAGAGCUAUUUAACAGUUUGAUGGAAUUAGGAAUGAUUCAACUCACUAAUAAAGAGAGUUAACAACAACAGAAGAGAGAAAAGAACACCACAGCAAGUUAACUUAACGACAGUCUUGAUGCACAGGAGAGUGCCCGCCUCAAUCCCGGCGACAGCCCACAUGGGUGGAGUCGAAAAAAAAUUCCAAACAAUAGUCGCAUGGCAGCGUAAGCAUCGCUCACCUGGACAACUUGGAGAACAAGGAUGAAUGCACCCCACCACAACCUGCCCUUUAACCUCAUGACGCUGGUUUAUGUUGUUUAUUAAAUAGCGAUGAUGUGAAGGUGAGACUCCGCUGAAACCGUCUUGCUUGUAUAUAGAAAGGUUUAUUACAAGAAGUCCAGCAUCAAAUCAAGCACCUAGGAUUGCCUGAGAGAGGGUUUGAAGCCAAUAUGAACUGUUCUCAAUAACAGCUCCAACUACCCUGCUUAUAGAGGUUGGUUGUUUUUGUGAACUUUGAGACAAAAUGAAACAUGUAACAAAGAGACACUCUAGAUAAAAUUCAACCUUUCAACCUAGCUAAUCAGUUCUUGACCUGGGCCCCAAUCAAUUCUUGACCUGGGCCCCUAACUGAUCAUAUCAGACCCAGGACGUCAAAUACCAUAUGGAACUUCAGAUACUACAGUUAUUAAAGGGCCAGUGUGUAAAAUGGGUUGAAAACAGUGACAUCAGUGGUCAAAUUCUAGAUUGCAGGGCUCACUCGCUCACCCCUCCCGUCGGGUAACUGACGGUGGCCUCGUAGGGGAAAAAAGCCUUGCGCACGAGUUUUUCAGGAGUAGGUCUAUCUAGUGACGAGGUGAAUAUUUAUUUAGAAAUCUAAACCAUGUUACGAUAUUGUAAUGAAUCCCUCACGGGCAGGAGACCAGCGUUCGGGAAAAAGGCCAGUUUAUUUGAGCACUCCAAAAACUCCAGUAACACCCCAGGGUGUAAAAGACUCCAUCCCAAACUCUGACUCUUCUGGCGUAACAGACAUACUUCAUGCACACAUACUCGUUUACCACACCGAGUGGGGGCCCCCUUCCUCUCUCUGCUCUGCCAAUCUCCAGCCUGCACACUGACUGACAGCAUAGCCGGUAAACAGAGCUCAGCUGUUUAUUUAGCCUAGCAGUAUCUCCGGACUAUAGCAACUGCAAUGGACGACAUUGAAAGCGAUUUUGGAGAGUUUCUUGUAGUGGACACAGACCCAGAGCCAUACCUAUUUGAGCCGGAGCAUACAGAUGAGGAACUCCAUGUGUUUGAUGCUGAGCGGGCGAGAAGAGAGGCUGAAUGCACAGAAUGGGAUUCGGUGCUACUGCUGCCAUCGUUGGGGAGAUAAAUCAUCAGGAGGAAAAGCGCUGCAGAGAGUGCAUCACAAGGAGUGAAGUUUCCUUUUCCUCGCAGAAGACGGUUCGGGUUCAUUCUCUCUUGUUGCGUGGUAAGUGUGGUCCAUUCGCAAACUUUAUAACUAAAAAAACUUUUCACUACUCUCUAUCGACGAACUACUAACACACUCUAUUUCCUCCUCCUUCUUCCUUCCUUCCGCUGUCUUGGUUUAUUUAUACACGCGAAACACGAUCUGUGGCUGGCUGGAUUGUCCACUCGGUCUGCCAUACAUACAUGGCGGCGCAAGAUGGCGACCUCCCUAAAGCAAGGCCCUUGCUAUAUAUAUAGAUAUAUAUAUAAAAGCAUAAUUAUACGGCUACAAAAACCAAACGAAUUUUAUUUUAUAGCGAUUAUACACUUGUAUAAACAUAUUAAUGGGUAGAAGAUUCAGAUUCAGAUUCAGAUUGACAAUAAACCAUGCCAAAUAUUACACACUGGCCCUUUAAAGAUCGCCAUGAAGGCAUUAGCUAAGAGGCUACCCAGAGCCUAACAACUUGCUCCACAAAAAACAUAGCUGGUAACACAAAAGAAUUAUUUUUUAGAACAUAAGCAAAAUUCGUUCAUCAGUUAUGGACAGCUUAAUAUGUAUGAGAUAGAACAAAAUUUAGGAACUCACCAAAUAAACUAAGCACAAAAAGUAAGGAAAUUUGUGUUUGGUGGGUUAUUUCUUUGUUGUAACAAUGCUUCUUGGCAAUAAAUUUUAUACUGGUGGAAAGCCUGUUUAUUUAUCUUGAGGGACAUGCAUUUGUAAGAUGAGCAGCAGAGCUGAGUAUGUGGGUUGCGCCCAUGAAAAAUUUGCCAAAUCCUCUCUGCCAGUGCCAAACAGCUUUUUUUUUUUUUUUCGGUCGCUAUUGACUCUUGUUUUGAGCUUCUGGUACCCCCAGGUGCUUAUAAUCAGGCACCUGACUGUCAGCACCAGGGGGUCUGAUUGUCAGCACCUGUGAGCAUGGGCCCUGCUGCAGUGGUCAGUUGGUGUCUGCUCCAAGAAUUGGCAUGCCACGUUUGACUGAUUUGGAUAGGGCCCCUGCAAUAGGGCAACUUCAAGCUGGUGUUCCGUGAAACCAAGUUGCGCCAUUAUUUGGAGCGAGCCCUAGUACCAUCUGUAAACUGAAGGCCAAUGGAGCGUGGACUGGUGGCUGGUAGCAAGGCACCAAACCCCCCAACCACUCGGAGCGCCUGACCAAGGCAGCCUUCUCACUCUGACAUCUCUCCACUUUGUGCAUGUAUAGGUCCUGUUUGUGCAUGUGUGUGUCUUUUGGACCUGUGUGUUAAUGACAAAAGAGUGAAAAAAUUGAAUGUCCCCUCAGGGGGAUUAAUAAAGUAUAUAAAAUAAAAAAAAAUAAAUUAAGUUCCAUAUAAUGGGGGAUGUCAGAGAUGGGCCACGAAGUGGGUGUCCCAAGAAGACGGCACCCCGAGAGGACCGUUUCCUCAUCCUGUCAGCACUUAGGCACUGCAGGCAGUCUUCUGCAGAUUUGCAGUCAAGGUUUACAGGACGAUAUGGCUGAUGGCUCUCUGCCCAGACAAUCCGGAACAGACUGCAUGCAGCCAAUCUCCGGUCUCAUAGGGCUGCCAGGAGGCCUGCCAUGACUGCCCUUCGCCGUUAGGCCUGUUUGUGCUGGUGUCGGCAACACGUGCGCUGGAACCUGAUCAUGUGGAGGAAUGUUAUGUUCAGUGAUGAGUCCAGAUUCUGCCUACAGCAGCUGGAUCAUGGGGUCAAAGUGUGGAAAAGAUGCAGAGAACGCUUUGCUGAUUGCUGCACCAAUAAUAAUAAUAAUAAUAAUAAUAAUAAUUAUAAUAAUAAUAGUAAGUUUAUUUGUAUCAGGGACAAUGUACAAAAUAACAUUAGUCUCAGAAUGAGAAGAGAUGCUUUGUACCGGAUUUAGCUUAGUAGCUACUUUCCAUCCGUAGUCCCUGGGCAGGUGAGUAAGGACAAUAAGAAGGUAAAAAGUGUCAACGUACAAAACAAUCAUCUAUACACAUGUGCAUACACACACCCACUCACACAUUACAAACACUCAGGUACAAAACAUAUGUCAUAACAGAGUCAUAACUUUGACAAAGUUGUAAAAUCAUUUAGGCUUAAGAUUAAUGUUGACAAGUCUGAUUCCUUAAGAUGCAUUUUUUGACUUGACGAGAAAAAACGUUGAAGUCUGUGCCAAGUUUCAGGUUGAAGAUUGUUCCAUGAUUUGAUGGUUUUAAAAGCGAAAGCGGAUUGAGCAAAGGCAGAGCUACGCUUAGGGAUGUUACAAUUUCCACUUGAGACAGAUCUUGAGGCUCUGAUAGUGUGUUCAGAGUGGAGUUUAACAAAGUUUUUCAAUGGGGGAGGAGCAGCAUUAUGAAUUAUUUUGUACACUAAACGGACAUCUGAAUACAACAUUAAAUUAUCAAAGCUAAGCAUUUUAUAUUUGUUGAGUAUAUCACAGUGAUGAUACUGUCGUGAUUUUCUAUAUAAGAUUUUCAGGGCUUGUUUGUGGAGUGACCUGAUGGGUUUCAAGACAGAUGUACUUGCCUGAGACCAACACGACAUACAAUAAUGAAAAUAAGACAAAAUCAUGGCAUUGAAAUAAGUUUUAGAGGCUUCAACUGUUAAUGAGUUCCUGAUGUGUCUAAAAUUUGAUAAGUUAUAUUUCACUGUUUGACUCAAUUUUUGAUAUGGUUUUUGAAUGUGAGAGUGGGAUCUAAUAUCACACCCAGAUAUUUGAACUCAUUAACAUUUUUUAUCAUUUGUCCAUUGACAUAAAUGUUUGGAAAAAACGUAUUUCGUUGCUUGUUUGAAAAAUACAUGGUCACUGUUUUGUCACUAUUAAGGGUGAGACGAGAAUACUGAAGCCUCUGUGUAACUUUUUCCAUUGCCAAUGACAACUUAGCAGCCACUUGUUUGGGAUCUUUCCCACUAGUAUACAGGACCGUAUCGUCCGCAUACAUCAGGGUCCCCACUUCACCACACACAGACGGAAGGUCAUUAAUGUAUGCGCUAAACAACAGUGGUCCUAAGAUGGAACCCUGUGGUACUCCCAACACACAGGCUUUUAAAGACGAUGUUUUGUCAUUAAUCCGCACAAACUUGAGAGCGGCCGAGUAGAUAGGACUGGAUCCAAUUUAAUACAUCAACUGAGAGUUUAAAUGAUGACAGCUUUGAAAGACUGAAUGAUUAACUGUAUCAAUUGCCUUUCGCAGAUCUAAAAAUAAGGCACCCACCACCCCUCCUUUAUCAAGGCUGCUUUUAAUGACUUCAAGGAAGUAGCAACAUGCUGUUUCAGUAGAGUGGUUUGCUCUAAACCCAAACUGCAUAGCAUGCAGUAGGUUUUCUUUAUUUAAAUGAGCUACCAAUUGUUCAGCAACUGCCUUUUCAACAACUUUGGAAAUAGCUGGAAGUAUACUGAUGGGUUUGUAGUUGCUCAAUUCCUGUCUGUCACCUGAUUAUGACAUGUUAUGUUUUUUAAAGGGGGGGGAUUCACAGGACCACAGAUGAUUUAUCAAUUGGUAAAGUCAUCACUGAUUUCAAGGCUUUUUCCUCUGCAUGCUCUUUGUCUUCUAACAAAGAGAGCUAGGUGGCACCCAUCUAGCUUUCCAGCAGCAAGGAACCAAGUGAGUUAGCACCCAGCAUCUAACUCUGCAAGAACCCCGAGCGACCGGCUUCCUCGGAUCAGAACAAAGGACACAACAAAGACUGCAGCUGAAACCACACCUUCCCAGCCUUCUUCUGCCAGCUAAACAGCAGCACACCACCAAGUGACUCUUUCUUCCAUCCAUUCAAGGAUCGGUAAUGUAACAACUGGGCAUAGCUUAUCACAGCUUUACAGGCUAAGCAAGACUGUUUAACUUGUUGUACGUGAUUUGAUGCUGUUUACUGAGUUGUUGUUGUGAUAGAUUGCAGUUAGGUCAUUGAUUAGUUGGCUUCGCCACAGCUAAGUGUUUAGUUUGCUAAUACUGUUCACAAACAGAUUCUUGCAUGCAACUAAACAAUCUCUGCACUAAUCCAAACCGUUUGCAACACACGUCACACUGACAGACUCAUUAACAAAUA